AUGAACGAACUACACAAAGUUGAUGAUGAUGGUCAUAUAUCGUACCUCCAGCCCUCAGUUCAAGAACAUAUAUCUCCAGUCGACCCAUCAUGCCUUUUGAAGGAUCAAAGACGUGCCUAUGAUAUCAUUGAUUGGCACCUGUCGGAAACAUUGGCAGGACGCAAACCUCUGCAACUACUUAUGCAAAUACCAGGAGAAGGAGGAGUUGGAAAAUCAAAGACCAUCCAGAUCAUAACCGAAAACUUUCGGAGUCGAGGAGUCGAGUCUACGCUUGUGAAGGCAGCCUAUACUGGAAUUGCAGCAUCCAUCAUCAAUGGAAAGACUCUACAUGUCAUUGCACUCAUACCUCUCAAUGGUCGCCAACAAGGA